GAAACCACAUCUCAAGGUCGAGCAGCCGAAAUCCGUCUUCGCUCAAGACAAUGCGCGCUGGACGAAUAAGGAUUUAGAUCCUGUGCCUCGAAAUGCCCGGAAAUGUCCUUUCCUUCGUCGCAUACUGGAUAUCUGAUGCUUUCAACGCCGCCACAUGGCAAUUCGCCGCUGGCAUCGUCGCCGUCGGGCUGACCUGGCGAGAGUCGUUGGGCGCUGUGGCUUUGGGUUCCUUCAUCAUCUCAAUUGUCAUUUCUCUGAACGGCGCAACGCGAGUCAUCCCUUUCAGCUUUGCCCUGACAGCUCUCGGAGUUAACAUCUCUGCCAACUCGCUCUCCGCCGCCAACGAUCUUGCCGCUCUCUUCCCCUCCUACAUCAACAUCCGACGCGGACAGCUCCUGUGUGCCGUCCUUUGCUGAGCUCUUGUCCCAUAGAAGAUCCUCGCAUCGGCAGGAUCUUUCCUUAACUUCAUGUCCGCCUAUGCUGUGUUGCUCGGUCCUAUC